AUGACCGAACGUCUCGGUGGGCUUGAGAGCCGUGACGAAAUCAAUGUCACAGAGAUGCUUGGAUCACCCGAAGCCGCUCCUCAGGGCUGGUUAAGAAAAAGAAAGGUCAAGGUAUACGAUAAACUACAAGAGCAAUGGCGCGUUGUUGAGAGGCUUUGGGGGGAUUCCAUCGGCCCAAAUGUAUCUCAGAUCAGCCACGAUUGA